CAACAUUCUUCACAAUUGCAACAUCAACUGCAGCAACGUUUAAAUCCUCCCCUACAAUCGCCUCAACAAUCCUCCAAUGGUUAUGGUGGCACUCAAACUUCCAGCACUACCAUCAAAACUGAGCAAACAGAUCCUUAUGGCAAAAAUCUCUCCUCGGCCCAUUCAUCACCUUCUUUAAAUGGUUUAAAUUCAUCGUCACGUUUACAUACUCAUAAUGCCUCCUCUUCUUCGUCCUCCUGCAAUUCCGCCUCCUCCUCUAAUUCACUGCAUCACAACAGUAUUCCCCAGCUAUUACAAGAGAUCAUGGAUGUUGAACAUCUUUGGCAAUAUACCGAUGCCGAAUUGGCGCGUCUCAAUCAACCCUUGACCUCGUCGUCCAGUUCAGCUUCACUCAAUUCCAAUUCAACGGAUUCUUCUGCAGCUGCCAAUCAAAUGACCAAUCCACUGCUGGCCAGUGCUGGUCUAUCGUCUAGCACCAAUCCCGAUUUGAUAGCACAUCUGUGCAAGGUGGCCGAUCAUCGUCUAUAUAAGAUUGUUAAGUGGUGCAAGAGUUUGCCGUUAUUUAAGAAUAUAUCGAUUGACGAUCAAAUUUGUCUACUCAUCAACUCAUGGUGUGAACUUUUACUUUUCUCCUGUUGUUAUCGUUCCAUCGAUACACCGGGAGAAAUAAAAAUGUCACUGGGUAAAACAAUAACACUGCCACAGGCAAAAUUAACUGGUUUUCAGCCCUGCAUUGAAAGAAUGCUGAAUCUGACAGAUCAUUUAAGGCGUCUACGUGUCGAUCGUUAUGAAUAUGUUGCUAUGAAAGUUAUUGUACUGCUGCAAUCCGAUACUUCCGAACUACAAGAACCCGUUAAGGUUAGAGAAUGUCAAGAGAAGGCUUUGCAAAGUUUACAGGCCUAUACAUUGGCUCAUUAUCCCGAUUGUCCAUCGAAAUUUGGUGAAUUAUUAUUGCGUAUACCCGAUCUGCAGAGAACUUGUCAGGUGAGUUUUUGAACUUUUUAUAAAGAA